CUGCGGGCGUGGUGUCGCCAGCAGCUGCCAGAGGCGGCAGCGGGGCGGCCCUUCCGCCUGUCGCUUGCGCUGCCCGGCUCCGCGCCUCUGGACCUCUCCUCCGCCACCACCAUUGCAGAUGCCGGCCUCGCCAACUCUUUGCUGGCCUUGGCGUGGGACUGACCACACACGCGCUAGUGCCUAUAGGCUUGCUGCACCACUAGGCGGUGGUUCCUGUAAACGUGCAAUCCAGCCUUUGUUGGCUGCAAUGCAAUUGAAAUCAUGACGCCCCUUGCUGCAGGUUAGGUUAGGUCCGUUGAGUCAAUGGUAAUGCGCAUGGUACCGACCCCUGCUUGGCCUAGACGAAUAUCUUCACUCCCAUCCCCAGCCGUUUCAGGCAGCUGCUUCUGGUUUUGAUUCUGUCUGGAAGCAGCUGAGCUGUCAGUACCUACGGCUCGUCUCUAGUGGGAGAGCUGUAGGUGGUUGCAAGCAAGCACACAUUGGACGCUAGUGUGAACAAGUUUUCUCUACAUCUUGCAUGGGCUGCUAUUGCCAUGUUGGAUUUGUGAUAAUGAGUUCUCCCCAGCAAUGGUCUCAGGACCCAGCAUUUGAAGCGCGCAUUGCGGAACCAGGGAGGCCGCCUGAUCACUCCCACCACCAUUUCGCGUGCUUCCCCAGUCUCGCCGCCACACUGCGAUCGCCAGCGGGCCUGUACUAGUAUGUGAUUACAUAGAAUGUGAUUCUCCCCCCUCGCACCUUUCCCGCAUGUCACCACCAUGCCGGCCGCGCUCUCCCUCGUCCCCCACCCGCCCCCGCACACCUCUGCCCCUGCUCCAUGCCAUGUCGCGUUCCCCCCCCGCGCCUCUCAUGCGCCGCCUAUCGCCCGCCACUCCACGCUGCCUGCCCGCCCCUCAUCGCCGUCGCGCGCUCCCUGUCCCUCCGCCGCCUCGCGCGUGUCCGUCCGCACGUCUUCCGCGGCGCGCAGAGCGGGAUCCAUUGUUGGUUCAAGCCCAGAAUUCUUCCGCCUAGGGGCGCUCUCUCCACGCCACACGGCAGGUUGCGCGCCACUCUCCCCCUUCCCCGCCUUCCCCGCCGCUGCGCGUCACGGCAGCGCCAGCAGCGCGUGGCUUACAGGCUCCUCGCGCGUGCACGCGCUUCCCUCGCGCGUCUCAAGUCCGCUACUCGCGCCCUCCCCAUUCACUCGCCAUUCCGCGCUCCUCCUUCCGCCCCCCGCCGUUGCGCCCAACGGCCGCGGCGGAGGGCACAGGGGCGGAGGGCGCGUGGUGUGCGGUAGAGUGAAGCGGGGGAACGACAGCAGCGCGGAUGGGCCUACUGCUGGCGCGGGGGCUGGCAGUUCUGGCGGCGCUGGCGGCGCUGGUGGCGCUGGUGGCGGUGACAGUGGCGGAAGCGGUGGGGGAGGCAGUAGCGGCGGAAGCAGUAACGGUGGUGGCAGUGGCGGCAGCAGCAGCGGCGGCGGUGGUAGGUCAGGCAGGUCAGGUGGCAGCGGCAGCAGCAAACCAUCCCCUCCCGCUGAAAGCCUCAACGGAUGCGCCUCCCCUGCCUCCCCGCCCCCCCCACCCGCCCCGCGCCCAUCCUCCUCCUCCACCCCCCCUUCCCGUUCCCCAAAGCCCCCCACUGCCUCUGACACGCCCCGCCGUGGUGCCCCUGCAUCGCCCUCCCCCCAACCCCCCGCGGAUGCAGCGCCCCCGUCUUCCCCUGCGCCCCUGGCGGCCGCGCGGCGGCGGCGCAGGCGGGAGCGGGGCGUGGGGUGGAGGCGGGUGGCGUGGGGGCUGGCGGCGCUGCUUCUGUGGGGCGGGGGGGCGUACGCGCAGCAGAGGGCGCGGCAGUACGUGCAGGCGCGCGUGCUGCCCGUGGUGGCGGCGGCAGUGAGCGCGCAGGCGGGCAGGCAGGUGACGCUGGGGCGCGUGCAGCAGCUGCUGCCGUGGGCGGUGAGCCUGGGGCCCCUGGGCGUCGGCCCCAGCACGUCUGAGUUCUCAUGUGCGGAGGCAGAGGCGGUGCAUGUGAAGCUGCACCCCUGGGCGUCGGUGGCGCGGGGGCGGGUGGUGGUGGGCGCGGAGGUGGCGCGGCCCACGGUGGUGGUGGCGCAGCAACCCGACUGGACGUGGCUCGGCAUCCCCGGCGACAUGGACGCCCCCGCCCUCCCCGCCUCCGCUGCCCCGCCCAUCUCUGCGCGAGCCUACCAGCAGCGCCAGGCUCGGGACGCAGCCUCGGUGGCAGCAGCGGAGGAGCGGGACAGCCUGGCGCUGAGAGGGGCGCAGAUCCAGUACCGGGGGGAGGGGGGCGCACUGGGGGCGGAUGGUGGGGUAGGGGAGGAAGGGGAGGGAGGGGAGGGUGGACGUGGACAAGGGAGAGUAAUUGGGGGUGCGGAGGUGGGUGCGGGUGUGACAAGGGGCGAGUGGGAGUGGGUGGCAGAGCAGCAGCGGGCAGCAGAGAGGGCUGUGAGCCAGGCCCUGCAUGCUGCAGUGGUGGCCCUGGGGUGGGUGGGGGACGAAGGGCCCCUAUUUCCUGCCCCAGCACCACCCCCAGCCGUGAGCAAUGACCCACCCGCAAUGGACAGCGCCCCCAGCAUGGCGCCCCUGACUGCCCAGCAGCGCCUGCUGUCGCUCUCCGCCUCUGCCGCGCUCGCCCACCUCUCCUCCCUGCCGCCCCACCUCAUGCCGUCCCCCCCCGCGCCCGCUGCCACCGCUGUGCUGCCUGCACAACAUGGCGCGGGGGGCGAGGGCGGGGGGAGAGAGGGAUGGAGCGGUGCGGGUGGCGUGGAAGGAGAGAGGGCGGCGGGGAAGGGCAGCGAGGGGCGUGCAGGUCGGAUGGAGGGCAGAGAGAGACGAUCAGGCCAUAUGCAGGAUGGAGAAAGCAGCACAGGAAAGAAGGACGAUGGGGUUGUGAGGACGGCGGGAGAUGGCAACACGGGCACAAAAGGGCCAGUUGCAGUAGUUGGUGCAGGUGAGAGUGAAGCAAGAGGGGGGGCGGGUAGAGGGACGGAUGCAUCAUUGGGGGCAGGGCGAGGGAGAGCGGGCGAGGGCAGUGCAAGCAGAGGUGAGGGGCGCAGUGAAGGGGAGGGCAGCGAGUCGGCUCUGAGGGAGGCACUGGCGGAUGCCAUCAGGCAGCGAGUGGCAGGGCAGGCGGCCGGGCAGGUGGCUGGGCAGGUAGCUGGGCAGGUAGCCAGGCAGGUGAAAAGACAGGUGGCAGGGCAGGGCGAGAGACGCACAGUAGGUUUGGAGCAAGAGGCGUGGGUGAGAGGGAGGGGGGAGAGAGAGAUGGCGCAGCAGCAGCAGCAGCAGCAGGUGCAGCAGGUGCAGCAGGUGCAGCAGGUGCAGCAGGUGCAGCAGGUGCAGCAGGAGUACAGAAGUGAGCCAGCGUCCUCAGUCGUGGUGGCAGGCACACAGCAGCGGCAGCAGCAGCAGCAGCAGCGCCAGCCAGGAAUACCGAAGCUAGAGCUUCCACCCCACACUGCUGCUGAGUCCCUCCCGCCGCUCUCCUCCCCCCCGCGCGUAUCCAAGGGGGGUCUCCCUGCGCCUGUGUGUGCGCGCGAGUGGGCGUUGCGCAAGCUCCACACGGCACCAGGGCGAGGGGGGCCAGAGCAGGGAGAGGCGCGCGGGGAGGGGGAGCAGGGGCCGCGUGAAGCCGGGCGGGUGGGUGCGGUGGCAGCAGCAGGGCCAGCAGCGGCAGUGGCAGCGCGUGCAGCAGUGGCGAGUGAAGUGUCAGGGGCCGGAGGGAGCAAGGGCGCGCAGGAGGCAGGGGGGGGAGGGCGGGUGGUGCCAAUGAUGGAGGGAGUGCGGGUGCAUGGGGGCACGCUCGUGCUCGUGGCGUAUGGCGACCAGCAGCCACGCGUGGUGGAGCACAUAGACGCGCAUGUGAGCUUCCCCUCGCUGCCCCGCUCCUACAAGCGCAUCAAGGUGGACGCCCACGGCUCCCUGCGCUCCUGCUGCAACUACCCUGCCGCCCCCUCACCCACCACCGCCACCACCACCACUGCCUCCUCCUCCUCCUCCUCGUCCCCCCAGCCCCCCAGCAGCAGUGGCAAGGGAGCAACCUCCACGCCUUCCCCUGGCAUGCCUGAUGGAGCCGCAGCAGGGGGGAAGCAGGCGGCAGGGGAGGGGGGAGGCGGGCUGCUGCGUGUGGCAGUGGAUGUGGACGAGGAGCAGCACGAGUGGGCUGUCACCGUCACCGCACACAACCUCUUCGCACCCGUGGUGGAGCGGCUGCUGGAGAUUCCCCUGGAUUGGUUCGGCGGCAGACUCGAUGGGCAGGUGCACCUGUGGAUGGGAGCGGGGGAUUCUUUCCCCAACUUCAAGGGCCGAGUUGACGUCAGAGACCUUGCUUUCCAAAUAUGGGAGUCACCCUGUGCUUUCACUGGCGUGCAAGGCGCGGUGGUGCUGGAGGGGCAGCGGCUGUUUCUGCACGGCGUGGAGGGGCGGUACGGCCACGUGCCGCUGCGGGCGUCGGGGGACAUGGACCUCAACCAGAGCGGGGGGGGCAGUACCGCAUCUCCGCCCAGGUGCAUUUGUUUCCCAGCUGUUCAACCUGUGGAGGCGAAUCUGCUGAUGAAGACUCUCAACGCCAAGCCCUUGCCAUACCCGCUGGCAGGACGGCUGCAAGGACUGCUCUUCUGCCGCGGGCCUCUCGAUGCGCCGUUAUUUGAGGGCACUGCUGAGCUGGCAGCAGAGCCUGCUGAUGUGGACGCGGCAGUUGCUGCUGUGGCGGGGUCGGAUGCAGCGGAGGCAGUGGCGGCGUGGCGGCAGGAGGGGGCGGUGGGGGCGUAUGACCGCGUGCCCUUCUCUUCUGCGUCUGCCAACUUCACCUUCAACACUGACGACUGUGUGGCUGAGCUGCACGGGGUGCGGGCGGUGCCGGUGGGAGGAGGGGAGAUUCGAGGGGCAGGCACACUGUGGGUCUGCCCUCAGGCGGAGGUGGACCCGUCGGCAGUGAAUGUGGACUGCUGGGCGUCGGGCGUGUCUCUGGACCGCCUGCUCGCCUUCUACCUGCCGUCAACCGCCGCCCCGCCCCCCUCGCUGCUGGGCCUUGCGUCUGGCGAAGCAGGCUUCAGAGGCUCCCUGCUCUCCCCCACGGUGGAGGCGGUGUGGAAGGCCCCUCAGGCGCGGGGUCCACUGGAGGGCAUGCAGGGCUCGCUGUCUCUCUCACGGGACACCGCCCACGCCGCCACCCACGCGCACGCCCUGGACCUCCUCGCCUCCGCCUCCCUCUCUGCCCCUCCCCCCUGCCCCUCUCCCCCGCGCCCACGCCGCAGCGCCUCACGCCCGUGGCCAGUGCUGUCGCUUGACCUGCCAGCACUGCCCCCACGGCCGCGCCUGGAGCGCGUGGAGAGUGACGUGCGCCUGCGCGCCUUCGACGCCCUCGCCCUGCUGCCCGCUGCCCCCCUGCCGCUGCCACCACCCCAGCCAUCUCUGCGCCACCUGCGGCUGUCGGGACGCCUCAAGCUGUCUGCGCGCGUGCCGUGGGGGGAAGAGGUGCAGGCUGGCAGGGAGGGCGAGGCAGGGGGAGGGGAGGGGCAGGAGGCAGGGUUGCCAGGGCUGGAGGGGAGUGUGCUGAUUCAGGGGCUGAAGCUGAACCAGCUGCUGCUGGGGGCGAACCUCUCAGGCGCCGUGGCGGUGAGUCCAGGCGGCUUCAACCUGCACACCGUGGGGCGCGGCGAUGAGCACCUCAUGCUGCAGCUCUCAGCCAAUGGCGUGCUGCCACCUAUCCCUGCCGUCCAGUCCACCACAUCCUCCUACAUGCCACAGGCACAAGCCUCUGUGGCGGCCUUUCCUCUGCCCGAUGCAGCAGCGGCAGCAAGCAGUGCGGAUGGUGCCCUAGGGCCGGGCAUGGCAGGGGGCGUGGCGGGGGGGGCAGUGCGGGUGCAGCGGGGGCAGAUGAGCGUGGAGGGGCAGGUGCAGGUGGGGGCGGCGGCGGUGCUGGAGGUGCGCGCGCUGCCGCUGGACGAGCUCGAGCUGGCGUCGCUGCGCGGCCUGGUGGAGCGCGCCGCCGUGCGCCUCAACUUCGCCAAGCGCCGCGGCCAUGGCACCCUGGCUGUGCGGCGUCCGCGCUUCAGUGGCAUGUUGUGUGACGCUCUGCACGCCGCCUUCCGGUGGACUGGUGACGUGGUGACGCUGGAGCGGUCGGUGCUGGAGCAGGCCAACAGCCGGUACGAGGUGCAGGGGGAGUACGUGCUGCCAGGGAUGCGCGACUGGGACAGAGACAGAGACAGCUCGUCAGUCACAGGCAUGGCUCACACCCCUGACGCCACGGCCACUGCUUCUGCCACAGCCUCUCACCGCGGGUCGGACUGGGAUGCGGAGCAGCAGCGGGCCAUGCCGGGGCAGCUGCACGCCAUGAUGACGUCCAUUGGCCGCUGGCGCAUGCGCCUCGACGUGCCCCAUGCUGACAUCAGCGAGAUGCUCCCUGGCCUGCGCAUUUUGUCUCGUAGCCACGACCCGGCGGUUCUGUUUCGGUCCAAGGAGCUCUUCCUGCACGGCAUCGAGGGCGUGGGCUUUGCCUCGCACUCCCUGCAGCACCAGCUCGAGUAUGUGCGGGAGAAGAGGGAGCGGGAGUGGGAGCCAGCGGGCGCGGACGUGGGGGGGGGGGCGGCGGUGGAGGCAUUGCCGGGGCUGGUGGAUCUUAGGGGGCGCUGGCACGGGGUGCUGGAGGCCAGUGGGGGGGGCAAUGGCGACACGUCCGCGUCGUUUGACGUGCACGGCAGCGACUGGGAGGCGGGCAGUUACCGCCUGCAGCAGCUGCAGGCGCGGGGGCGGUACAGCAACACGGGGGGCCUGCAUGUGGAGCGCCUGCUGCUGCAGAAGGACGACGGUGCCACGGUGCAUGCGGACGGCACGCUCUUCGGCCCCGCGCCCAACCUGCACUUCGCCCUCCUCAACUUCCCCGCCCACCUCGUCCCAACCUUCCUGCAAGCCCUCCAAGCCGCUGCCCCCUCCCAGCCGUCUGCUGCCUCGGGUGCCCCGUUCCCCCCCUCGCCCCCUGCAGGCGUGCAGCAGGCGGCGGUGCGGGGCGUGGUGCACGUGGAGGGCGACCUCUCGGGCUCCUUCGCCCAGCCACAGUGCGAAAUCCAGCUGCGGCUGCUGGACGGCGAGAUAGCGGGCGUGGCGCUGGGGCGGGCAGAGGUGGCGGCGUCCCUGACGCCGGCAUCGCGCCUGCUGUUUCAUGCGGUGCUGGAGCCCGCCCUGGAGGCCGGGCAGGUGCGCGUCAAGGGCAACGUGCCGCUGCCGCCCAUGCAGGGCGCGCAGACAGGCCAGGAGGUGCAGGGGGGGAGCAGAGAUCUGGGUAAUGGAGGGAGGAGGGCAACCUCUGUUGGGAGCAGAGAGGAGGAGAAGCGGGGUGGCAAGGCAGGUGAGAGAAAGCAGAAGGCGGCAGCGGAGGGGAAGACGAGGAAGGAAGGCGCGGGUGCAACGCGGGAGCGGACGGGAGAGAGCAGCCGCAUAUGGCAUGACUGGGACUGGCUGGAGCGAGAGGGAGGGCUGUGGAGCGAGGGCAAGGGGAGCGGCGAUGGAGGCGAGGGCGAGGAGAAGGGCGAGGAGGAGGCAGGAGAGGAAGGGGAGGGGGAGGAGGAGGAGGAGGAGGCAAAGAAGGGGCCGGAGCUGCUGCGCAGUCUGGCGGAGUUGGAGCGGGGGUUUGAGGGCGAGGAGCAGGUGGAGCGCAUGGCGGUGGACGCUAGUGUGACGGACGCCGGCAUGAUGCUGCUCACCGCUCUCUCACCCUCCUUCCGCUGGAUCCAAGGCCACGCCGCCAUCUCUGCUCAGCUCCGGGGAACACUAACUCACCCUGAGGUGGCAGCAGAGGCGGUGUUCAGCCGGGUGACGGCGUCCUCGCCAGUGCUGCCGCGCCCGCUGACGGGGGGGGGGGGACGCAUCCGCGUAGCGGCGCAGCAGCUGCUGGUGGACGGGCUGGAGGGGCGCGUGGGGCGGCGCGGCACGCUCAGGGUGGAGGGCACACUGCCGCUGGGGCUAGGCGCACAGGUGGCGGGGGGGGGAAGGGAGGAGGGGGAGGGGGCGCAGGCGGUUGGUGGGGUGAGAGGAGGGAGCGAGGGUAUGAGGGAGAGGAUGGGCGAGGGUAUGAGGGAGAGGAUGAGCGGGCAGACUGAGCAUUCACGUGACAGCAUGCGUGGGGAGGGAAUUACCAUUAUGGCGGAGAACCUUGAAGUGCGCGCGCGCAAUGUGUUCAGCGGCCUGGUGGACGCGGGCGUGAGUGUGAUGGGCAGCCUGGCGGCCCCUGAGGUGACGGGCGCCAUCCGGCUGUCGCGCGGCAUCGCGUACCUGUCGCAGGAGAAGGACAGGGCCGACACCCCCUCCCCCUCCUCCGUGCCCUCCUCCCUGCUGCCCGCCCACCGCCGCAAGUCACCUGCACUCUCUGCUCCCACCAGUGCCGCUCCUGCCAAUUCAGCAGCACCGGAUUGGCUGCCUGCCAUGUCAUCGGCGGCCGCGUCUACAGCCAUGAAGCUGCCGCCUUCAGCCCCAGAGCAAGAAAGCACAUCUGCACUGCUAUCGUCCACCAGUGCCACUGCCACUUCUGCUAACUCUGCUGCUGCCGUGCCGCCUGCAACACUGCCAGCGCCCCCUGACCUCGCAUCCGCCCCCUCGGCGCCCGCCGCGCUGGUGCGGCUGAGGGGGCUGCAGGUGGCGCUGGGCCCGGAGCUGCGCGUGGUGUAUCCGCUCAUCCUCAACCUCGCCACGCGCGGCGACCUCGAGCUCAAUGGCUUCGCGGAGCCGCACCUUGUGCGCCCCUCUGGCACUCUCUUCUUCGAGAACGGCGAAGUCAACCUCGUUGCCACCCAGCUGCGGCUGAACCGCGACCACCCCAACUGUGCGCGGUUUGAGGCGGCGCUGGGCAUGGACCCGGUGCUGGACCUGAAGCUGGUGGGGGCGGACUGGCAGAUGCGCAUCCAGGGGCCCGCCAACCGCUGGCAGGACCACGUGGUGCUCACCACGCUGCCCAGGGGCGGCGAGGAGGAUGUGCUGUCGCCCGCGGAGGCCGCCAGGCUGUUUGAGAGCCAGCUGGCGGAGUCGCUGCUGGAGAAGGACGGCCAGCUGGCACUCAAGAAGCUGGCCGCCGCCACCGUGGAGACCCUCAUGCCCAAGAUCGAGAGCCGCGGGCAGUUCGGGCAGGCGAGGUGGCGCCUGGUGAGCGCGCCGCAGAUCCCCAACCUGCUCUCGCUGGACCCCACCUCCGAUCCCUUCCAGUCACUUGCCAACCUCUCCUUCGGCGCCGAGGUGGAAAUCCAAAUCGGCAAUAACCUCCAGGCAUCUGUGGUCCGGCAACUGCGCGAGAGUGAGAUGGCAACUCAAUGGAAACUGCUUUACCAGCUCAACUCCCGUUUACGACUUCUCUUCUCGUCAUUGUCGUCUAUGGAAAAACGGUUGUUGUUUGAAUAUUCCGCGUCGUCGCAAAAUUGACUAUUGUGGUGCUAAGGGCGAAUUCCUACAAAGUUGCAUCAGAAUCAGAAACGCGUGUAACUGAAAUGAACCACACUGAAACGCGAUUCAAACACUCGCACCGCACAGUACCGCAUGAUUCUGAUCCAACUUGAUUCUGAUCCUGAAUUCGCCCGAAGUUUGGGUGCUGAAAUGUGGAGUGUUUGGCAUGCACGUAUUGGCUGUGCGUUAGUACUCUCCUCUCCACCG